AUGAAGUAUUUAGCUGCUUACUUAUUAUUAGUCCAAGGUGGUAACGCUGCCCCAGCUGCCGCUGAUGUCGCUGCUUUAUUAGAAGCUGCCGGUAUUGAAUCUGAAGAAUCCAGAAUCUCUGCCUUAUUAUCUGAAUUAGAAGGUAAGAACAUCAACGACUUAAUUGCUGAAGGUAACACCAAGUUAGCUUCCGUCCCAUCUGGUGGUGCUGCUGUUGCCUCUUCUGGUGCCGCUGCUGCCGGUGGUGCUGCUGCUGAAGAAGCCGCUGAAGAAGCUGCUGAAGAAGCCAAGGAAGAAUCUGAUGACGACAUGGGUUUCGGUUUAUUCGAUUAG